CGGUGUGGUGCGAAUAAUUUGUUAGUCUCUACAUCCAGACCACUCCAAUGGCCAUUGAGGGGUCGGCUCUCUGGUCGGGCGUCGUGUGUAUACCAUAAACGUACAGGCAAAUGCGUAAGCUUACUUCUUUACAACGUCUUGCCACAGAUCACCAUCACACAGCUUUUAAAGCCCGUCGCGGGGAGACCUUUGCAUAACUUUCCGGCUUGACGAUCGUCCAAAAGUAGCUAUCUCAGGGGGGAGUUUUAUUUUUCAUCCGGCGAAAAAAACUCCUGGAUUUGAGAUACCCCGUCGUGCUGCAUCCAUCCUAUCCUGCCACGAGAAUCAAGCUGACCGGGGAGAAACUCGUACCCAUAUUGCGUAUUACGAGACCAGCAGUUACCCACUCAUGGUUCUUUGCUACACAGUAUUUUCGCCGGUUUCGAAUUUAGAAGAAUUAAGAACAACGAUUAACACCCCCCCUGCGCCACUUUGCUAUUCUUCACCGGCCGAGACGACGGUGAAUGUGACGUACAGCGUACAGCGUACAGCGAAUCUUUGAGUAACAGGCAGUUUUGAUACGCGCACACGCGCACACGCGCACACAUGCACACACCCUAGUGUCAGGAUCAUUGUCGUUGUUAGCUGGCUAAGAAAUGAGAUCAGAUCACUAGGUAGAGAGAGCCCAUGAUGGAUGGAACUGCUGUUUCCGUGGUCCAACCUGUUCCCACACUUGUAAACUCCUCUUCAGUCCACCGCUCGACCUCUACCGGGGUUACGCCAAUUGACCAGACGUCAUGGAAACCUGGGAAACGGUCUCGGAUCACAUUAUCCCCUUCCUCAGCCAACUAUAACCCCAGUCCUCCUCCCCCUUCCUCACGGAUCACGAAAACCAAUAACUCUAAGCAAGAUGGGUCCAAGCUGUCACCCUCAUCGCUGACUAAACCGUCACCCAAGAGACGAAGAACAGCUGCCGGCGUUGUGACUUCAGUUGCCGCCGCCGUCACCGCAACAUCGGACGAUCUUAGGCACCACCCUUCUAAUACUAAUACUAACUUGGGCCACUCCAUUCCGCCGGGGCCUCUUAAUUACGGUGUAGAACCCAUCGUAUCAAAUGCAACGAGGGAUCACUUCAGCCUGUCACCUACUACCCUCACACAGGAGCAAGGUCCGAAAGGGUAUGACUGGUCUGACAACGAUUUAGCCCAAUUGGCCUCAAGUAGCAGCAGCUUUCCCUCAGUAUCCUCCCCGUUAGUCUCUUAUCUAACUACACAAGAACCCACAUCGUACUAUAAUUUUCCGGGAGGUUGUUUGGCAGAUUACUCAGGUUUAACGACGCCCAGCUAUCCUACCUAUACCUUCCUCCCCCCUUGGAAGCCGGUGAAGACGCCAGACAUGCUCGUCGAAUAUCGACCCCGUCUUGACGGUGGCUCCUCUUUUCCGGAGCGACGGCCACCCGGGUCCAGCCCCUUAGUCCUGGAGGGGCGUGAUGAAAAGAAUCCAAGCGAGCCUAUAGAUGAAGGGUGGGUAGAUUUGGGGCUAUCGAUAGAGAAGGACAGUGCUAGCCAUCACGACGGUUCCCCACAGGUUUCCGACCUCUCAGGUAAAAGCACUCCCAUACCCGAGGAAGAAUUAUGGGAAAAUGUCGAUGAAGACGACGUUGCCAUUGAUGAAAACUGCCCAGUGUCUCACCCCGAGAGGCGUUCCCGGUCACGCCCGAGUAAUCAGAACCGUAAGGAGACGGGAAGCACCCGAAAGUUAAAGGCCUGCAUUCGAUGUCGUAUGCAGAAAAUAAAAUGCAAAGCAGAUCCGAAAGACCCGCGAGGAGUUGAUUGCUUGACCUGCCGUGACAUCAAAUUAGAAUCUAAGAAAGUGAUCCAUAGACUUCCAUGUCUGCGAUGGAAGCUUGCCGAAGUCGCCCUUUUCCGCGAGGGUGGUCUUGAUUUAACGAAACGAUGGGGUGGUACCCAAAUGAAAGAUCUUGGACCGCGAGACUGGGUUAACAGCAACGACGUCCGCACAAUUCAUAUGGUCAUGGGAAGCCGCCGCCCGAUGGUGUUGAAGGUCAAGAAGUUCACGCCUAUUGGUGGGGAUGUCACUUGUAAAUACUGGGUUGAUACGAAGGGGGAAAAACACAAAAUCGAUAUCGAACCUUAUGCUCUCGCAAGCAUCUGGGAAACUGCUGAAAGAUACGAGGAAUAUAUAUAUGAUUACGCGCGCCCGGCUAUACGAGAGUACGCUCAAGAUCGCCAGGUCGAUGUUUUGGUGCGAAGGACUUACCAGGCGGCGAUAGAAUACGCUCAGAAGUGUAAAAAUACCUCGGUUGAAUCGCGAUUAGAAACUAUGAAGAAUGCGGUUCUACUCGAACAGUAUUUUUACUUGUGGUUUGCAACUAGAAAUACUCUGAGAUCAGCAUUCAUCGUGGGAGAAGAAACGCUGGAUAUGAAGGCAAUAGAUAACCCCGAAUGUCCGUACUGUGGGACGAUACCAAUACCGCGGAUGAUCCCAGCGCAGUUCGACUCCCUCGGAAACCGGGUGCUUGUACGAUCAAGAAAGCUUGUACUCGAGAACUUAUGGAAGGUAAUGGCGGGCAAGAAUCCGCACCACUUUUACUUUGUUUACCUGAUCGUGUUCAUGCUUCUCCACGAAGUUUCGUUCACCUCUGCCGAUAGGCUACGCCGGGCCAAGGACAAUAAAUAUACUGAAUACCGAUACGAUCUGGCGAAGUUUAUGGAAGGGCUCCAAGAGGGGGCGAAUAAUAUCCUUAGCCAUUGGCAUUAUUAUAAACGAGACGUCAAUACAUUGAUGAUGGAAAUAGAAUCCGAGGACAGGAAGAACGCGGUCUGGGGAACUUUGAGCUCCGGCGAGGCGAAACUACUGAUCGAAACGCACGAGGCCUAUAGAAAAUGUGAGCAUCUUGGCCUUCUAGUGAUUUAGGUACCUACACCUUCGUGUUGACUGACGAAUAAUAUAAUAUACAGUGGCAGGGCAGAAGUUGGAAUGGGAGCACGACCUUUACUUUGUAUCGCAGAUGUUUGAAGAAAACUGGCAUCCGCGUAAGACAUUUAGCCGGUAGAAAUGAGAAGGAAUGCACCUACACUUAUAUAUACCUUAUAUAUAUAUAUACCUUAGGUAUUGAUGCGCACGCGAAGCAAGGGGGACAAAGGUGACGAUAGUUGCUAUCAGCAUACUUCGGCAUGGACUUAGCAGCUGGGAUUUCCACGAAUCACAUUAUAUUGACUGCAUGCCUUGAAUAAGUUCGGACAUUCUCUUGUGACUAAGAGGUAUAUUACAUUUAAUAUGUUAAGAUGUAGAAGAAAAGAU